UAUUGUUUUGGUUGAAACUUGAAAAGGGAGGUGUCGGACAAAAAGGACCAAAGGUACCACUGUAUCCAAUGACUAUAGACAAGGUGUUUAUUUAUUUAUUUUUUAUUAACUCUAUAAAGCAUGUAUGAAACAAUAGUAAGAUAAAAUCUAAUUUGAACUUUUGUAUCAUAUUGAAUUUGCUCAUGUAGUAUGAUUCAAGAGAAUAUGGAGCUCAUACUCGAGAAGGGGAAAAAACUCCCCAGAGUCCCAAAACUGAGCAAAAAUAUGCAAUCUGGUGCAGUAGCUGAUAUUUCUAUGGCUGAUAUUUCUAAAACGCCUUUUACUUACUAAAAUAAAAUAUAGUAAUGCAAUUUACUGGGCCAUGUUGGUAUUCGAGGAUUGCAAGGUCCCAUUGGACCACCAGGAGAAAAGGUAAGUUCAAAAGAAACAUAGAAAGCACAUAAAAAACCUCCCAAAACAAACAGUUGCUUUUUUUCACUAGUUACAAAUGUUUUGCUUCAUCUUGCUGGGAAAGCAAGGUGCUCCGGGGUACGAGGGAUGGCCUGGGCCAAAAGGUAUACAGAGCAAAGCUGGUGCUAGUGGACCUUUUGGUGGCAAAGGAUUCCCUGGUUCACCUGGUCCAUCUGGAAGGAAGGUGUGUACUGAAACUGCAGGGUUACACAGCAACUCUGCCACACAAAGCAUCAGCCUGACCUGUCCUAUAAAGCACAGCCCCACUUCUAAACACAAGAAUACUGCUGAGAUGAUGUUACGCUUACGGGGAGACUCCAAUGAAGAAAUCCUUCCAUCCCAUGUCAUCAUUUCAAAACAUGGUAACAGCACAGGUGAGGGUUCUGGGGAAUUCAGAGCUUCACAGAGGAGACAUUCAAAAUCUCAUAAGAGAUGUUCUUUUGGAGGAGAAGGAGAUGCAGGCAUCAUCCUUGGACAUUUGUGCUUUUUCACAGAGCACAUGGUAGAAAUGUAUUGUUACCAGGAAAUUCUGUUCAGUUAGACUUAGUAUUAUAUUAUAAUGUAGGGUACUGCAUGAUUUUCAACGUAACUGAAUAUGUUCUCUGGGUUUAUAUAUUUUUUUUUGAUCUGCGGUAGACUGCAAUAGUGGUGCAAUAACUGUGUGUGCGUGUGUGUGUGUGUGUGUGUGUGUGUGUAGUAAGUUUAUUUAGACUUGUCUUAGUUUGUUGUGAGUAUUUAUGAUAAUGAUUUAUUUAUGCAAAGUUUUGGUAAUUUGUUUCAAAAUAAAGUGUUUUUAUUAAACCUUUA